AUGGGUGAAGAAAAGGUCCGCAUUUCCGGCGAGUCGCCCAGAGGCAAUGAUGCACCAAUUCUGCCAACCGUCAACCCAGAAGUCGAGAAGCUGCAGGAGCCGGCCUCGAAUGGAAUUCAUCCUGCCUUCUACGUCGUAGUUUGGAUCUCCCUCAGUUCUAGCGUUAUUCUCUUUAACAAAUGGAUAUUAUCAACCCUCGGGUUCCAUUACCCGAUCCUCCUCACAGCAUGGCAUCUUGUCUUCGCAACCAUCAUGACGCAGAUCAUGUCGAAAACGACAACUCUUCUCGAUGGACGUAAAACUGUUAAGAUGACUGGCCGAGUCUACCUGAGAGCAAUUGUUCCAAUUGGUGCAUUUUUCUCUAUGAGUUUGAUUUGCGGAAACUUGACAUACCUGUAUUUGAGCGUCUCUUUCAUCCAGAUGCUCAAGGCCACCACCCCCGUCGCAGUUCUUAUCGCAGGCUGGGUCCUCGGAAUUGAGAAACCGGAUUUCAAGAAGUUGGGCAACGUAUCAUUCAUCGUCAUUGGUGUCGUUUUGGCAUCAUUUGGAGAGAUCGAAUUCGUUCUGAUUGGAUUCCUUUACCAAAUGGGAGGGAUCGUGUUCGAAGCUGUCAGAAUCUGCAUGGUACAAAGGUUGCUCAACGGAUCCGAAUUCAAGAUGGAUCCUCUAGUGUCAUUGUACUACUUUGCGCCAGUCUGCGCUGUCAUGAACUUGACCAUUGCUCUUUUCUGGGAAGUUCCCUACAUUCAGAUGUCUGAAGUCUACGCAGUUGGUCUGGGAACCUUCUUCGCAAAUGCAUGUGUCGCAUUCCUGUUGAACGUUUCCGUCGUUUUCUUGAUUGGCAAAACCUCUGGUCUCGUCCUUACACUCUGCGGUGUACUCAAGGAUAUCCUUCUCGUUGCCGCAUCUAUCCUCAUCUGGGGAACCAAGCUUUCCGGUCUCCAAGUAUUCGGCUACAGCAUUGCUAUCAUGGGCAUGCUUUACUACAAGCUUGGCCAGAAGGAAAUGAAGCCAUACAUCCAAGAGGGUGGCCGACGAUGGGCAGAGUUUGGCGCCAACCGACCCGUCCUCCGCAAGUUGGUCACAUUCGCUCUCGUCAUCACAGUCAUCUUUAUCUUGCUUGGAGGCAUCGCACCAAACACUGGUCUUGGCUACGACCCGAAGAACUACAUCGAUGCCGCUAAGAACGUCGUUGGUGGC